UAAUGGUGAGGUGAAUAGUUUACUCGUUAUUAUAAUAUAUAGUUUCUUCCAUCGUAUUAUCAGUACUAUAAAAAGAACACACGAAGAAGACGAUGUAGAAAACCAGAAAACUCAAGGUAUUUACAAGAAUUAAGCAAUAACAAUGGAAGGGAUAGAGCACCGAAUGAUUAAAGUGAAUGGCAUAAACAUUCACAUAGCUGAAAAAGGUGAAGGUCCAGUCAUCCUUUUCCUCCAUGGCUUCCCUGAGCUUUGGUAUUCAUGGCGUCACCAAAUCCUCGCUUUAUCUUCCAUGGGUUACCGAGCCAUUGCUCCCGAUUUGAGAGGCUACGGUGACUCGGAUGCUCCCGACUCAGUCGAGAGUUACACUUGUUUCCACAUAAUCGGCGAUUUGGUGGAGCUGAUAGACGUAUUGGAUCCGGAUGUAGGCAAGGUGUUUGUUGUUGGGCAUGACUGGGGAGCUUACAUGGCUUGGUUAUUGUGUCUGUUUAGGCCUGAUAAAGUGAAAGCUUUGGUGAAUUUAAGUGUGCCGUUUAGAAGGUUUGAUCGGGAAAUUAAGCCCGUUGAUGUCCGGAAAGCUAAUUACGGCGACGAUUAUUACAUAUCUAGAUUUCAGGAAUAUGGAGAAAUAGAAGGUGAAUUUGCAGAGGUUGGAGUGGAGAGAGUUGUGAAGGAAUAUUUGUGUGAUUUUCCAGUUUUGUUGCCAAAAGGGAAACUAUUCAAACGUCCAUUAGAUGAACCGAUUACAUUGCCUUCUUGGUUGACUGAGGAAGAAGCCAAUUACUAUGUCACUGUAUUCCAGAAAACUGGCUUCACUUGUCCAAUCAACUAUUACAGAAACCUUGGCAGGAAUUGGGAGCUCUUGGGACCAUGGGUGGGUAGUAAGAUCAAAACACCAGCCAAGUUCAUUGUAGGUGAUAAGGAUUUGGUUUAUGGUAUGGCAGGGAUGAAAGAAUACAUUCACAAUGGUGGGUUCAAAGAAGAUGUGCCAUCUUUGGAGCAAGUGGUGGUAAUGAAAGGUGUCAGUCAUUUCAUUAACAUGGAAAAACCAGAAGAGAUUAGCAGCCACAUAUAUGAUUUCUUUUGCCAAUUCCAUUGAAUAAAUAAAUAAAAAUCUGGUAAAAGUACUAUAAAAGUCCUUAUAUUAGGAGUUGAAUUGCAUCUUGUUCUCUCUACUAAAAAAAUGAGUAAAUUAGUCCUUAUAUGCUAGGUCAAAGAACAAAUUGGUCUUUUUGUUAAGAAUUUCAUCCAUUUCUUAGUGUUAAAA